CAAAUUUUGUUAAGGAUCUGCAAGUACUGAUCUACUUAUUGCUAUCGGAUCGGGGAAGAAUAUGUAAACAAAACAUUACAGAACUGCGAUAGAGUAGGAGUUGUGGAUAUUGAAGAACUAUGGAUUUAAUUUAUGCUUUGUAUAGGAAGCAUAAUACUUCAAAUAAGAUUCAUUCAGAAUUUGAAAGUUUACAUGAUGGCGAGACCCUUUGUUCAGUAUCGAGUCAAAAUAUAGUGGCUUUCACAACCCGCACUGAGCUAGAUGAUGUGUCUGCGAAAUCGUGGGGAUCCCACGUCUAUGUGGCCGAUCUGAACACACCUUGGUUCAGUCACAAGGUAAUCUCCAGUCAGGCGGUUGUAACUGCGCUAGAGUGGGACUUGCCCGGCCAUAAGCUGCUUGUGGCGGACGCUAGCGGUGUGGUAUCGCUGUGGACUCUGAGGGAACAUGUACUCAAUGACUGGGUCUGCCUCGGAACUGUAAACUUUGCUGGAGAACACAUCAUCGGUGCAGCUUUCUUCCACAAUGGAAAAAAGAUUGUGAUAGUGCCAGAGAAAAAGGACAAUUAUCAGUACAGUGAAAAGUUCACCCACGUGAGAUUUGCUCCUUCCGUCCGACAAUUUGGUGGCCGAUCCGUGGAAGGAUGUUUGGUGAUCAGUACGACUGGAAUGGUUGGCGCUCUUGCCAUCACCAAAGAUGGCGGCAACCAAACCCUCAUCACUUGCACGGAGAGUCUGGGUUCUACAAGACACCGCAUCACUGCUGUAGACAUCUGCUAUGGCAAAAAUGGUCAAUACUUGGUAGCUGUGAGCAGUGGCAGUGUGCACAUGCCCAUUCAGUGCUUCAGGGUGUCUGUAAAGCGCAUCGAUGACAAACUGUCAAUAUCAUCACAAGCACUUCCCAGCUUCUUUAUGUUGGCCUGCACAUCUACUGACCAUUCCUACCAUACAGUAACGCAGCUCAAGUUUGUCGUGCGAGAAGACGCAGACACUCUGGUCGUUGCUGCGAAUGGUGACUCAGGAGCUCUGAUUGAGAUCUGGGAACUGCAGGAGAAACCCUUGACAAUUCACAAGUUGUUCCAGUCCAAAGUGCAAUCCACAGAGCCUUUCAGAACAGUGCUGUGGCAGCACCAGUCACAGUACCCUCUGAGCUGUCCAAUUACUUGCAUGACUACACUCAAGAUGGCUCUGAUGAACACAGUGCCACCUCCUCUCUACGUCAUCGUUGUUCUCACCGACGGUUCGAUCCACUGCCUGUCGAGGGACACUCUCAAGCAGGUUGCUACGUCGUACAUGGCCAUGGGGUGGAGAGAUGAUGUUAAGCACCAGAAACUCAGUAUUGAUAUAUCUUCGAUCGACCUAAGCUGGUUGGGGGGUGCACUGGUAGUUGCGGACACGCAGGGUCAGCUGUACAUGUAUCGGCUACACCCCAUCGGGGAAACAGGCACUAUGAUGAGUGCGGGGUAUGCUGUGUCACUGCUGGAGUACUGCCUGGUGACGGGUCUAGACUGGUGGGACGUCCUGAUAGCGUUGAGGCCUCAGAUGGUGGACGCUGUCUGUGACCGUCUCACCGAAGGGUUUGCACGACAGCCACCUGCCACACAGCAGUACCACUACGUCAGUCACCUCAGCCUGCGUGCCGCCCUGUACAGGCUGAAUCCCUCAGGCCAAGCCAGGGCUGCUGAUCUUACCGCUCUGCUAAUGCUCCACUCUGUCUCUACGGCGUUCAAGACUCUGCUGAGACCUAGUGAUCUCUCCAGCCACGACAAGGGUCCUGCCGACAGUCUUCAAGCUGUGAUGAAUGAAGCUGUGACAGACAUAGAUCAAGUGUUGCUGCACCUCGAGGCUAAGGAGUUUACAGUAGAGCCGAGCACACUGCAGUCUCUGCAUCAGCUGAUCCAGUGGGUGGCAGAUCUUGCGCUCAAUCUGCUGGCUCGUCUACCUGAGCAGCGGAAAACUAUCGGAUAUGAGCUGGUGAGGGACUGCAAGGCUGUAAACAGCAUUAGAGAGCUGCUCAUUAUUAUAAGGUUCUGGGGCCUGCUGAGGAACAGCUGUCUGCCCGUAUUUAUCAGCAGCGCGGAGAACGUAGAUGUCCUUGGACUGCUCUUCAAGCUGCUGUCCAGACUCGUGCAGAACCCCGAGCCUGAUGAUGGGCUCAUCGAUGAUUGCAUUCUGCUCCCUAAUCAAGUGAUGAUUCCACCGCUCAACACCGCCACACCGAUUACAGCAAUCACUUCUCCAGCGUUGUACUACCUCUCUUUGCCCAUCAAGUUGGAGUUUGGAGUAGAGCCGGACUGCCUGCUGUUUGUACCAGACCUGAGUCCGGUAGAGGGUGCGAUAGCUACUGACCAGAUUGUGGACACCAUUCGUCAUAUUUACCUCGGCCAUCAACCAUUAGUGGUUAAACAAUGUUGCAGAUGUGGAGGCAAGGCACAAGUACAGGGUUGUCCAAGAACAGCAGCAAUCCGAGCGUGGGAUCUACGCUGGGCUAGGGCGUGUCGUUGUGGUGGUCAUUGGCGAAUCCAUAAAUAUAUUUAAAUGUGAUUCUUAUGAAACGCAUCUCAUGCGUGGAGUUGUAUUUAUCCACGAGCACAAUAAAUUAAAAGUAUGGACAGGAUCGGAUGCAGUAUGUGAGUCUAACAUAAAGUAGGAAUAAAAUUCUCAAGUUCUUAGCUUGUUGUUUGAAUGGCAAUUGCCACAUUUGUAGCGACAACAUUUCAGGUCUUUAUUUCAGAGUUAAAUUUUGCAAUAAAGGCAAUCAAAAACACAUAUUUCACUGAUUUUAGUAACUAUCACCAAUCAUUAGGAUGCCAAAGUCCCACCAAUGGUGGUUACUAGGUCUGGCCGGUGGAUGGUGCUGUGAUCUGUGUUUCAGUGAGACCUCUGCAUUUGACCUUUUUCUAGUGUCCAAUACGAUAUUUUAUUGUGCUCAAAGGAAGUAUUUAUUUUUGUAUAAAAAAAAUUCCAUUAUCUGUUGCAUUAGUAUGUAUAUGUAAAUUUGUAAAAUAUUUUUACCCCUUUAUGGUAAUUUUGUUGUAUUACUCUGAUGUACAGAAUGUAUUAAUCUUUCUUCUGAUUUUUAAAAUAUAAAAUGUACUUUUUCA